CCGACCGCGCGCCAGGAUCGGAUGCGCACCCGUCCGUACAUAACGCCCCGUCCGACCACGCCGCGCCCGAUGCGAUCCUCAUGCCCGCCCACCUCCUCCAGCUCCUCCACUGUCCCGUCUGCGCCCCGCCCGCCGUCCUCGUCGCCCCGACCACCCUCCACUGCGGCCACACCGUGUGUUCCGCUCACGUCCGCUCCCACCCCGCGGCCUCAUCGUCCGCGAGCAGCGCGUCAUCCUCGACCUCGCUUCCGAUCCUUCCGUCCUGCCCGCUCCCGACGUGCGCUCCCGCCGCGACAGUGCGCACCCACGCGGGCCGCCCGAACAUACCCGCCGCCUCGAGAGUGGUCUACGAAUCCGCUCCAGUGGCACCGGUCCCGAACGCGCGGAUCACUGUACCACACCCUCGCGUAGACGUCACCGUCAGCAAGCUCCUGGCGCUGGCCACCAGGUACUCCGUUCGCCGUCCGCACACACCACCGCGUGUGCACGAAGGCGACAGCUCGGACUCGGAUGACGAAGACGACCUGUACGCCGCACCGGACGCUCCCCCGCGUUCGUCCCCGCCCAGCGCCCAUGCGCGCCGGGAGCGAGACACAUCAACCUCCCCGCCCCAACCCCCGCGUAAACGACGGCGGCGACAGGAAACGUCGUCCCUGCACUCCACCACGCCCUCGCCACCGCCUUCUUCCCGCGUCUCCUAUGCCUCCCGCGUCCCCUCGCCCACCCCGCCCGCUGCCCGCUUCGAAAAAGACGUCCUGAACGAGCUCACCUGUGAAAUCUGCUUCGCUCUCUUUUUCCAACCGAUCACAACGCCGUGUCAACAUACCUUUUGUGCGAAAUGCCUCCAGCGAUCGUUGGACCACAGCAAUAGCUGUCCCCUCUGCCGCCAAGAACUUCCGGGAUUCGCCUACGUGCAAGACCACGCCUGUAACAGGGUCGUCUUGUCCAUCAUCUUUAAAGCCUUUCCCGAGCUGUAUCGGGAGCGGGGCGAGGCCAUCGAGGCCGAGGAGCGGGAUGCACGGCUCGACACUCCGAUAUUCGUCGCCCAGCUCAGCUUCCCGGGCAUGCCGACCCUGCUACACUUUUUUGAGCCUCGCUACCGGCUGAUGCUUCGACGGUGUCUAGAGUCGCCCAACCCGUCUUUCGGGAUGAUUAUGCCUCCCCGCGCUCCCACGUCCACCGCUGCUGGUGGCACCGCAGGCGACUUUGGCUAUGGCACCAUGCUCGAGAUCCGCAGUGUCCAGAUGUUACGCGACGGCCGGAGCAUGGUCGAAACCUGGGGUACGUACCGCUUCCGAAUAGUCGAAAGGGGGACAUUGGACGGGUACAUGGUCGGCAGAAUCGAGCGGAUUGACGACUACCCGGACGAGCUCGACGAGCCGCGGUCACGUUCACCCUCCCCUCCUCCUGCGAGUCCCUCAUCCGACUCAAGCUCCGGGCUUCCCUCGUGGUUCACCUCAUCCACGGGAAUCGGCGCCUCGUCCACCGGAACGCCCGCUUCUGCUUCGUCUGGGACCCAUCGACGAUCCGAGCCCUCUCCCAUUCCCCCAGCUCGUAGAUCCGUGCCGAACGGAGCGAGAUCGGUUCCGUCCUCGGGGAUUCGCGGGCCUAGGGAUGCCCCUACGACCGCGGAAAUGAUGGCGACCUGCCAUGCAUUCCUCGCCCAGCUCAGGCAGGGGACUGCACCGUGGGUGGUACAGCGACUGAAUAACACCUACGGACCGAUGCCGACCGAUGUCGGCAGUUUCAGUUUCUGGAUGGCGCUGGUGCUGCCCAUCGACGAAUCCGAAAAAGCCAAGCUGCUGCCCAUCAAGUCACCCCGGCUCCGGCUCCGGCUCGUCGUGCACUGGGUGGAGCAGCUCAACAGUAACUGGUGGUUCUCCAGCGGCUGCGUCAUUUUAUGACGCCGUCGCCUUCGCGGGCCGUUCCUUUGGGCCCUGUACGGGCUGGCGUUGUCCUUGGUUUCUCUCUCUUUAGACGUCUCCGUGCCCUCUGUCCGUUUGGUUUGCGGUCUACUUGGAUCUUCGACUCUGAUUAUCUAUGGCUUCAUCCAAUAUCUGUAAUCUGUCCCGCCGGUUUGAUCGUGCCUUACCACUCCCUUCAAAGUCGUUUGUUGCAUCACCACGUUAUGGCCAUCGUCUUUUCUUUAGUAUUGGAUACGAGCCUUCAUCUACCUGCUAUCAUUUUCAUCGUCUCAAGCAUUUUCGCACACCGUCCGCACGCAUCCCAUAUCUACUCCACACUAGUUAUGUCCAUGUAUACCUCCCUGCUGCAAUCUGAUUUACUCUCCAC